GAGCUCCGAAGCUGCGAAAGCGCUCAAAGGGAGCAGGUGCGAACUCCUCUCGAUCCUUCUCCUUUCUCGCCAUUGCUAUCCUUCCAAGCUUCACCGUUGUUCUUCUUCAAUUUUCCCUGUUUACAUCGAUGGUGCUAGGAGAACUGUAGCAAAAUGAGACAACAUGGAAAUUAUGUUGAUUCCGGUGUCAAUCCAGUGAUGGCUGCUCAAAUGCAUCACAUGGCAGCACAAAGAUCGCAGCAUAACCCUGGAGUGAACCAGUUUCCAGGACGGGAAGGGUCAUUAAGAGCAGAAGACGAACGUCAAUACAUACCUAAAGCAGAGGGACAAUGGCAAUGGGAUAGAGAAGCCUCAAAACCUUCAAACUCUCUGCCAUCUCACGUGUUGGAUGAAGGUCAAGGAAGUGAGCCACCUCGAUCUUUAUAUCAGGGUCACAGAUCAGAAUCAAAGCUUGUGUUAGAUAAACAAGCCAACAAGGAUUUGGAAAUUGGCUAUGACGAUAACAAUCUUCCUUUAACAUUUGAUGGCCUUGAGCAGAAAUUCCUUCAAGACUUUUUGAAACUGUCUAAGGAACAGCAGGAUGCUGAGGACACAGAAAAUGCAAGACAUAGAGAGAGGCUAAGUGAAAUCAACACACAGUAUCAGGAGAAAAUACUUACAAUGCGUGCUCGCCAAGCAACACAGAGAGAGGAAUUCCUACGCAAGGAAUCACAAGUCCGUUAUCAGCAAUAUCAACAGGCGUGUAUGAGCAACUACCCACACAAUGCUGGGUCUAAUGAGGCGCAUGGCUUAGGGUCGGCAAGUGGUCCUUCCAGUGUGAUAGGGGAUGCGCAUAGAGCCUAUCCUGCCAGUCAUUUUGACUCUUACGGAGAGCGACCUGAUUAUCCUGGUGGUUCUAGGGGUCGUGGAUACAAGUCGCGUGGUCCAUAUCCUGGUGGCCGAGCUUAUAAUUCCGGAGGGCGCUAUUUUUGAAGGAACAUUUUAUAGUGUUUCCACUCAGUCUCCGAACCUGGAUCUGUUGAACUUAUGCUGGCCGAACGGAUGCUCAUAGAUGGACUCCCCACAUUAAAGCAGCAUGCUUGGUAAAUUACAUACCAUUUCAUCUCGUCAGCAUUUAAUCUCAUUGUCAGAACGAGAGAAAGUUUUUUUAAAAAAAAGCAUGGCUACUGAAUGGUUAUAAAUAGUUUACUAGAUUGAGUUGAAGUCUGAGUUGGGAUUGUAAAUGUGAUUUUUGUGAAGAAACUUGGGUCUUCUUUCUUCUGUGUCC